AUGUCCACCAUGCAAAACAUGAAGUGUGUGGUCGUCGGUGAUGGUGCCGUGGGCAAGACGUGUGUGCUCAUCUCGUACACGACUAACACGUUCCCAGGCGAGUACAUCCCGACGGUGUUCGACAACUACAGCGCCAACGUGAUGGUGGACAAUCAACCGAUCAAUUUGGGGCUCUGGGAUACGGCAGGACAGGAGGACUACGACCGACUACGGCCACUAAGUUACCCGCAGACGGACGUGUUUCUCAUUUGCUUUUCCGUUGUCAGUCGUGCUUCGUUUGAAAAUGUCAAGUCCAAAUGGCUGCCCGAGAUCCGCCACCACGCACCGGGAGUGCCUUUUAUUCUAAUUGGUACCAAGUGCGAUUUGCGUGACGAUGAAGAGACACUGGAGCAGCUACGGGAGAAAAAGCUCGCUCCGAUCAGCAAAGAACAGGGUGAGAUGCUUUCGAUCGAGAUCGGUGCGUACAAAUAUAUGGAGUGUUCAGCAUUGACGCAGAAAGGGCUCAAGCUGGUCUUCGACGUGGCAAUUCGGUGUGUUAUCAUCAACCAGCAGAAUCCUAAGCGCAAAAAAAAAUCGUUUAGGUGCUCGAUUUUGUAG